AUGGAUUCGAAAGAUGACAUCGACGGUGAGAUUUUCGACCGAUUUGCGCGGCUCGCGCGCGAUAGCGAACGACGAAAGACGGAAAAUCUAGCUUCAUCAUCGUUCUCGAUGUGCCGGGACGUCGAGGGCGAUCGAAGGACGGCGUUGCCUGUAGUUUUCGGCGACGACGACGACGACGACCCAGACGACGAAGAAGACGCGCUUGAGCUCGCGCCGUCGAUUGUGGACAUCGUCCCGAGGCGCAAUCGCGAAAGCAGAUGGUUAAACGAUGUUCGGGCGUAUGGCGACGAUUCAGGCGUUACGAGGGAGGAGACGGUGGGAGAGGGGAACUCUUCGCGGCAGACGAACCCGGGCGAGACGUGGGCAGAGGUGGCGGCGACUGCGAAGCGCACGGUGAAGAUCACGGCGAGAGGUGCUCGGGUGACCGCGGACGCGAUAAAAAAACUCGCGUCGCGCGUCGAUCGAGGAGCGAGGAUGAGUUUGGUAACGGCGACAAGUAAGGAAAAUCGGAGCGCAGCCGCGUCAAACGCUCGGCUAGCGGGAUGGCUCGUGAUGAAAGCCUUUCUCGGGAUUCGCAUGAAAUCUCCGCGUGUGUUACAAUGUCGCAUUGAUAUAGAUGCCGUACGGACCGCAGCAUCUAGGGUGUCUCGCGUACUCGUUACUGCGUGGGGCGAGAGACAGCAGAAACAAAGUAGACUUGAGCAACGCCAUAAGGAAAAGAGAGUAGAGAAGGAAGACGACGUCUGUGUGGUCGCUGAACGAACGAGCGAGAGGUCUGAUCCGGCAAUGAACAUGCGAGAUUUAUUCACGCUGUUCGACAAAGUGGAAGAUGGAACGGACGAUGAAGUGCACGCAGACGCCUUCGCGGAGCUCUUGUCGCCGCAGUCCAUUAGACCAGACUUUGAUACCGAGGAACUUAUACGCGCUCAGGACUUAGUCCCGACGCCCCAGACGAUGGUUAUAUCGCCUGCGAGUGUCGAUAUGUCUCGAGGAGCUUCCUUCGGCUAUAGUGUCUCGAGAUACGUGGAUUCUGAAUCGGAAAAUGAAGACGAAAACGUUUUUGUCUCGCCGAGCAGGUCGUUAGGACGCGUCUCGGCGAUGUCACCGGAAGCUCAAGCAUUUGUGCAGCGCGUAGAAGACGAUCUCGGAGUGCUUUCAAGAUCCGACUCUGAUGAUGUCUUCAGCUCGAGGAUUUUGAGCGCUGAUGAUUUAGCUUUAGGUAAGGAAGUAUUGCGUGAAUGGUUCGCGCUUUCGCGUCACCAGCCCGUCCCUAGCCCAAUCGUGAUCGGUGAGGAUACCGUGUCUUUGGAACAGCCAGGGCGCACUGGAGAUCUAGUUAGUUCGCGCACUCGGGCGAUGACGCAUGCGCUCGCCGAGAUGGCACUUUCGCCAGGCAACAGAGGCAUAGCGCAGUAUGUCUUCUCUUUUGACACAUUGUCAGAGGAAGAGAUCGACGAACCUGAGAUAGACGACGAAGCGAGGUCCAUUCGUUACGUCGCGAGUCAAGACGAUGCAUUGCAUCGCACGGCGGAAUGGUUAGAAGAUCGCGUCGUAUCAGAGCUCGAAGCGACGCAGGCCACGGAGGUUCCAGAGGAUGAGAGAGGUCACAUUUUUUCAGAGGUUCGAGAAGAAACCAUCGUCGAACCUGACCGUUUCGUUGAUACGCCGAAUCUUCUCGAUACACUCUACCAGGAAGUCGAAAAGUUGCGAACUGAGCAAGAGGAAAUGCGCAAGUCAAUCGAACUUGAGCGCGAGCAGAUUCUAGCAGAAGCGAGGCGAGUGAUACCUCCUACGUCGGCACCGAGCGCUGAAGUCGCGCAGCUCAAGGAGGAUAUCGAACGGUUAAGGUCGGAGCAGUCAUCCCUCAGAGAGCGCUCAGAACACCGCGAGCGCGAAUUAAAAAAGAAAAUCGAGCUCGAGCGCAAGAAGUUCGAGGAAACUCUCAAAUCAUCUCUUGCGGCUGAGCGGAUGGAGCUCGAAGAAGAGAUAGCAAAAUCAAUCGUUCUCGAACGAGGAGGCAUAGAGGAGCAGGUGCACAAAGGCGACGAGUAUCUUGACAGUGAGAUCCAGCAAAUCCAUGAAGAAUUGAGUCGUGUCAAGGCUGAGCAGGAGCGCGUACUUCAGAUAGCGGAUGGACGAGAGACGUCUCAGAGUCCGCUUCCAACGACACCAGAGCCACCAAUUUUCGCUCUCGAAGCUGAACCUGAUGUGUCGAUGGAGUGGGAUGUCUACCAGAUAAAAGAGGACAUUGAACGCAUCAAGACACAACAGUCUUUGUCUGUGAUGAUUUCUGCUCAGCAAGAGGAGGAUAUCCGAAAGUCUCUCGUGCUUGAGAAGGAGGCCAUCGAGGACGGAAUCCGUCGAGAGGUGGAGCGAGCUAUUGGGACCAUUGAGAUGCAGAGCGUGAACGCGACCCAUCAAGUUCAACGAAGCGCGAGCCGGGCAGAGAAACUACUCGGCGAGGCUGAAUUGAUUAUGAAGAAUGCUGAGUCGAGGCUGGCGGAGCGCGAGCGGGCGCUCCUCAACAGCGCCGAGGCAGUCGUGACACACAUGGAAGAUCAGUUGAAUCAGCGCGAGCGCGAAUUACGCGCUCUGACGAUCGAUACACUGGCGGUGUCGCCUUUCAAACCGCACUCUUCAGCCUUGGAGGCGUCAACAUCUUUCGCUGCCCUUGAACGCGCUCGCACACGUCGACGACUACUUCACGAAGUCACCGACACAUUUUCGCUGAACGAAAUCGUCUCUCAAGCUCAAGCCUUAGCACACGAGCUCGAAUUUAGAUCGGGUGAGUGA